AUGGUCCAAAUCACUUCCGUUGUCUUCUUCACCGCACUCGCAGUGUCACCUUCGCUCGCGGCACCCAUCUUCCACCUGGGUAUGGGCAGACUGUUAGAUUUUCCAAGAAUCGGACACGCCGGACACCUCAACCAGCUUCAUCGCCACCUCGAAGCCGCCCAACAAGCCCAAUCUGCCAACGGCUAUGUCCAAGAAUACACUACCCCGAGUGGGGUGCACGUCAUGCAGUAUUUCCCCCCGACACACUUCGAGGUGUCUGUGUUCGGCACCCCGCAUGAUGGUACUGUUCAAUGGGACGUCCCGCAAACCACCACACCACCCAUUCACAACCCAGCUCCCGUCGAGGGAACUGAGGAUGGCGAGCCUGUUGACGGUGGCGAACCUGUAGAGGGCGAUGAGGGUGACCAUCACCCGACCGAGGGUGCAACAGAGGGACAUGGUGGUACGGAGGCGGGUGCAGAGGGUGGCGAGCACGUUGAGGAGCAUCCUGAGAACGAGACCGAGGAGAAUCACGAGCAAGGCAAGAGGAAGGCAAAGCACGAGCACCCGAACCCGCGCGACGUCGAGUUCUUCGACGAGCUCUGGUAA